AUGAGCAUCUCAAUGCCAUCAGGAUUUGAAUUAUCCACACCAUUCUUAGAUCUAUUCCGCUCAAACGAAACCACCCAGCCGUCGAACCAUUCCACAGAUUACGCAUCUCCAUUUCUGACGUCGUUAUCGCCAACAUUUCUAACCACAUCCCCAAGUAAAAAAAGUUCAGUAUCGCCCUAUGACACUCCGCUGAUCACAGCGCUAAAAAUCUUCACAAUUUUGAUAUCCCCGAUCGGCUUGGUUGGCAACAUUUUAACGAUCGUAGUCAUGAGGAAGAAGCCGUUUUUGGCGUCGUCUGCAUGCGUUUAUCUGCCCGCCAUCGCAAUUUUCGAUAUUUUAACGUUGGUGACAAGCGUUCCAAAUGAGUGGACUUCGUGGUAUAACAUUCAGUACCCAACGUGGUUGUGUUGCUUGCAUAGAUUCAUUAACUACUCAACCGGAGAUAUUUCUGUGUGGAUUUUAGUUGCAUUCACGAUGGACAGAUUCAUCGCCGUGUGCUUUCCAUUCAAGAAACAACUCUUCUGCACGCCGAGAAAAGCGCUGUUAACGGUUUUUAUCUGCACCUUGUUGGCCGUUUUCAAGAAUGCACACGUUUUUUGGACUCGCGGAUACGUGGAGAGCAAAGCUAAGUGCACGAAGGUCAGUCGUUAUAGAACGUUUGAAGAUACAAUUAGACCGUACAUAGUUCUCGUUACUGUGAGCCUGUUACCUUUUUUCUGCAUUCUGAUUUUCAAUGGAUUUAUAAUACAUCAUUUAUUGAAAUCGAGUAAAACGAAGCCGAAAUCAUUUUCUGGUAGAAGAGUGAGUGCUGCCAAAAAUUCUCUUUCGACUGGAGAAGCUCAUAAUACAGAGAAGGAAAGUGGCAAGAGAGACAAGAAGUCCUUUUACCAAACGACAGCAAUGUGCUUGAGUGUUUCAUUCGCUUUCCUCGUCCUAUAUUUCCCGACUAUCGUGGUUCAAAUUUGCAAAGAAUCCAAAGAAUUCGAUAAAAAUGAUACUUUUGAAGUAAUCAGAAACAUCUCAAACAUGUUGCCUUUAGUCAACCAUUCCAUCAACUUUUAUUUGUAUUGUUUAACAGGUGUCCGCUUCAGAAACGAAUUGAAGGUGUUAAUUUGUGGUAAAAAAGUUGAAUCCUACUCCAUCUUCAGCGCAUUCAACCCGAAACGUUCAAGCCAGGCAGCUUCAGUGGUCAUGAGUGACCUGCAGAACAGCCAUGAACACAAACUAGCCGGAACUGCCAUCGCUUUGGCUAUGGGACGCAAUUGACCUUGACAUUUUGUUUUUUACAUAUGCAUAUAUAUCAUACGAACAAAUGUAAAUAUAUACGUAUAUAUAUAUAUAUUGUCAUUUAGCAUUAUUUUAAUAACACAACUAAGUAUUAUUUGAUUGAUUAGUUAGCUCAGACGGUAAAAGUGCCACGUUAUUGCAUGAUAACCAGAUUCGAAUACUAUCUAUGAAAAAUUCAAAGACUAUCAGACGCCAAGGGUGUAUGACAAGUUUAAUGUGUGUGGAUGGUGUACAAGUACAACAUAUAUUAAAUAUAUAUGUAUGCUUGUGCGUACAUAUGAUAUGUGCAGCUGUGUAUAUACGCCGCGUGGAAUGAAUUAUACAUACAAGGUUUGAUAGAUUGAUCAAGGAACAUUUUGUAAAAAACCCCGCGCUUCGCAUGGCUUCAUAAUAAAUAGAAUAUCUUUAAUUGAACAUGUUCCCAAAAUAUGACUUUUUUAAGCACUUGUUCCACACAUAAAUACACGGCACGGACUAAAUUAUUCUCCUACAAAUCAAAAGUCGUUUACGGCGGUCUUGUUUGCCAAACAAAUACACACUCAUACCAUGGAAUCCUAAGUAUCCUUGAUUCAAACGCACGCAGGCACAUAAACACACGCACACAUACACGCACACAUAUAUAUAAAGACAUACAUCUGGCCUAUCUUCAUCAUUAGGAUGAUGAACAAACAAAUGUAGCCAGGCGGCCAUAUAUUUGCCAUCAUCGAGUGUUGAGAAAAAUGACCGCGGCAAAUAUGUACCUGAGAUAAACAACGCUCCAAGAUUAAUGCCCUGCUUACGGUCAUAUACAGACACAGACAGACACACAGAGACAGACAGGCACACAGAAUUAUUGUUUCAUUUACAGUGUCACUCUUUACUAAAUGAAUAUUGAUAAGUUACUGUAAUAAGUAAGGGCAUACUGGAGAUUAAAUGAUCGUUGACUGGUUAACUUACAAUCGUCAAUGUGAAAAAUUAAAAUUGACCUUAGUUUGUGGUUUUAUUAUGCUUAAUCUGUAAUAAUGAUAUAUAAUGUAUAAAGUGAUUACUGACAUAUAUUUAUUCAAAAGAUUGACAAAAUUACUUUACAUGUUGCAUCUUUACAUAAUUUAAUAAUUAAAUAAAAUUUAUCUUCAAAAAUAAAAUCGUCGCUCAGAAAAAAUUCUGAAAUUUCCACAAACGAAAACAUUUUCGUUCAGGUGAAGAAAUUCAUUGAUAAGCAUCACUGCAACGACCCCAAAUGUUUCAAUUUUGAUAAAUAAAUUGAAUAAAUACAAUGACUAUAUUAUAUUAUAUAUACUUAUCACUAUAAAAUAUAAAUGUAAUAU